AUGUCCAAAUGCAAAAUAGAUAGUUUACCACCGACUGAGGGAGUUCUUAAACAACAUGCCUACAGAACAUAUUUGCAACUACAUUCAUGGUUAAGACAUUUUAAUUUAGUUUUUAAACCAAAUUCUUCGUUGACAAAAGAAUUAAACACCACUGAUUGGGGUUGGAAGAUAUCAAAGGGAGAGUUAAUUCCUAGCUCCCUCCCAGACUCAUUUGAGUAUAAGGUGGUUAAUUUUCACGAAAUAAAUGGAAAUGAUGACGCAUUUAAUGCAGUGAUUAGAGCUAAUAUAACAACACAAGAAGAUGCUCAAAAUUGGCUCAAAGAAUUUGAAAAUAUUAAUAAAGUAAAUUUUAGAGUUCUAAGAACUUAUCCAAAUGAUUCUGUGAAGCUUGUGUUCAAGAAAGACUAUCGAUGCCAUCACAAUACUCAGGCUCAUUUGCCUUCAUCAAAGACAAAAAAUCCGUCAUCUAAACAUGUUAACUGUCAGGCCUUUUUAAUAAUUACAUUGAAACAAUCAAGUAUGAAAAGGUAAAGUUGAUUUGCUAAUCGGAGACACAACUACUGUCUAGUUACGUUGAUAUUUUUUUUGGGAAGUUAGGUUGCUAGACGUGACUGGAAAAGACUACACAACCAAACAUAACUACUCGUAGCCAAUAUUAUUAACAGUAAACAGGCAUAAAUAACAUA